AUGAAAGCUGUGGUGUUGACAUUGGCUGUGCUCUUCCUGACGGGGAGCCAGGCUCGCCAUUUCUGGCAGGCAGAUGAACCCCAGUCUCCUUGGAGUCAAGUGAAGGAUAUGGCCACUGUCUACCUGGACGCAGUUAAAGACAGCGGCAGAGACUAUGUGACCCAGUUUGAAGCCUCCGCCUUGGGAAAACAGCUCAACCUGAAGCUCUUGGACAACUGGGACACCCUGAGCAGCAGCUUCAGCAAGCUGCAGGAGCAGAUAGGCCCCGUGUCCCAACAAUUCUGGGAUAACUUAGAGAAGGAGACCGCCGAGCUGAGGCAAAUAAUGAACAAGGACCUGGAGGAGGUGAAGCAGAAAGUACAGCCCUACCUGGACGAAUUCCAAAAGAAGUGGCACGAGGAGGUGGAGCUCUACCGCCAGAAGGUGGCGCCUCUGGGCGAGGAGUUCCGUGACAACGCGCGCCAGAAGCUGCAGGAGCUGCACGAGAAGCUGAGCCCACUGGGCGAGGAGCUGCGGGACCGUGCGCGCACGCACGUGGAUUCGCUGCGCACGCAGCUGGCCCCCUACAGCGAGGAGCUGCGCCAGCGGUUGGCUAGCCGGCUGGAGGCGCUCAAGGACGGCAGUCUAGCAGAGUACCGCACCAAGGCAAGCGAGCACCUGAGUGCGCUCCGCGAAAAGGCCUCCCCGGCGCUGGAGGAUUUCCGCCAGGGCCUCAUGCCCGUGCUUGAGAGCCUCAAGGCUAGCUUCAUGAGCAUGAUGGAUGAGGCCUCCAAGAAGCUGGAUUCCCAGUGA